AUGAUUCCAAUUGCCGUGCAGGCGCGUACUCUCGUUGUGCUUGGCCUCGAGGAGCUAGAAAAAGACUCGCAGCUUUCCAAGCUAAAUGGCUUAGCUGGAGAAGAGCAGUUCGACGAAGAAAACACAAAAAUAGAUGAGUCUGUAGCGCUGAGUGUAUUUGAGAGCGCAAAGAUAGUAAACGAGCUCGUGAGCAAGCUAGACAACAUGAAAAUUAACGGAAAAACAAUCAAAGCAUUUUCUCUGUCCAGAUACAUGGCAAUGUACAGCCUGGGAAAGGCAGCAGCCAGCCAGGGGCAGGUGCCCAUUAAGCCUGCUGUGAAGAAGAUUGCUGGAGAGAAGGAGAUAGCUGUGUGGAAGUCUGAAGCGCUGGGCGAGCAGUUCUUGAUCUACAAUGAAGGCACCUUUUCCAACUACCAGCUCUCAAAAGUGUUUCCGUGCAAGCUGAUAAAGACAAAGCUGAUCAAGGAUGUAAGUGUGAGAGUGGAGAACGAUCUGGUCAUUGUCCAAAAACAGAAAAACAUCUUUGUGUAUGGAGGAUAUCUGGAGCUGCUCGAUGGCUUUGUGAUAAAUGAUCUUAUAUCGUGCUACAUGGCGGGAGACUGCAUAGUGAUAGGAGACAGACCAGAUCCUGUCACGCAAGUGUGGAGUAUCCACAACGUAUACACAAAAUCGCUGAUUAAAACAGUUGAAAUAUCAAAAGAAGAAAAGUUUUCAGUUUCAAAAGACCUAACACACUAUCUUAUCUCACACGAGAAUACGAUAGAGAUAAAGUCAAUGCAGACCGACGAGAACAUCUUCCCAGAAUACUCAGUUAGAGAGCAGAACAAGAAAGUAGAAGGGCUUAUGUCUCCGCAUGAUAAUACUGUAUUUGUCGUAAAAUCAACUGCAAUAAGCAUGGAGUGGAUUCUCUACUGUCUCACAACAGGAAACAUAAUAAGAAGAAAAGCCUUCUCGAAUAUAGAGAGCUACGCUGUCACAUUUGCAGAGCAGGAGGUGGCCAUUGUGAACGUGAGAAAGAUAGGAGGGAAGUGCAGCCAUUACAUGGACAUAUGGAACACAGACGGAAACCGAGUUAUCUCCAAGGCCCUUGGCGAGAAUAUAAAGGCUGUAUACCCCAGCAAAUACACAACGGUUGUUCUCGGCCAGUCAGUGUGCAAGGUUUACAAAAGACUGCAGUAUCGAUUGCACGAUGGAGUAACGGUUAAAGAUUCUAUCUCAAAAGUAGAGGCUGGAGAGAUAACUGUGCUGCUGAGCUCAACGCAUGCGUAUGUGAUAGACCGCGAGGGAGAGCUCCUGAAUAAGAUAGAGAUAGGAGGCAUGGCCGACAUACAGGUAUCGCCUUUUGGGCUGUACAUUGCACUGCUAUCGGAAGGACAGGUUCGCGUGCUGGACAUCUGCGGAAAGGAAGUCUUUGCAUCAAACAUAGAAAAAAAUAACGGAUUUUUCUGGAGAACAGUCGUAAAUGCAGCAGAUGGAGUAUCGCUUGGAGACGAGGAGAUACAGAAGUACAAGACAGAGGACAGCCUCAGAAGAAAGGAGGCAAGAAAACAGUUCAUGAAAGAAAACGAAGAGAAGAUACAGGAGUGGAGGGAUUUCCUGAGUAGCAUGGCGGAGUUUAGAAGUCUAGCAAUGAGAAACUAA